GUCGCUGAGGCUGUGGGGCCGCUGUUUCUGUCGCAGCGGAGGGAUAGGAAGGACGGGAAAACGAGCUAGAAGACGCGACUCCGGCAAUCCGGGCAGCGCCAGGGCGGAUCCCGCGCCUGCCCUUUCCGCGCCGGCUUCGCGCUCCCGUUUCCGUUGGUUCUCCCGCCUCGGGGCUCGCGGCCGCGCUGGGCCGGCUGGGCGGACCCGAGGAGCCCUGGACGUCGGUCCUGGCGCGGGGUCGCGGCUGUCGGCCCCGUACGCUUUUGUCUUCCCCGCCGCGCGCGAGGAUCCCAAGUGCCCCGCGGGCCGAACCUUGGAGCGGAACAAAAGCCGGACGCCCCCGGCCGAGCGAGCCCGAGCUUGCUAAGUCGCCUGCCGAGCGCGCACUGGCGGGGACCGGCUCACGGGUGGGAGGCUGGGAGCCACGAAACAGGUAAGGCCAGCGGCUCGCUGCUACGGGCUCCUGAGCAUCACUCCUCCCCGGUGGUUGCAGAUAAAAUCGGACGGGAGGCCAGGCAGCAGGUGAUGAGGACGCCUCUGAGGCUGUUAAUGGGCAUGCACACCUUUCUUUCCCCAGCGGGUGUUUCUCGUCCGCGCGGGUCCACCGGAGGCGCGGAAGGACGACGUGGAACGUGGGAGGGGAACAGCCCCCAUUCCCUUCAGCUUGCAGUGACGGCGGAUUUUGUUAAGUUGCAAACAGCGGUGCAGCGUAGUAUGCCUGCUUUGAGCUUUGUCACAGAUCCCGGUGUUCCUGGGGUCCAGUAGGCGUCCUGGUGCCUUAUACACAUUCCCAGGAAACCCAGAGCUCUGCCAGUUGGCCUUGGAACCCUCAGAGAGGUCUCGGGACUUGCACAAAGACUUGGAACCCAGGGAGUUUGUGGUCUGGGCUCUGAACCAGUAAACAGACAGGCUUGGGCCUGGUAGGUUUUGCAGAUUGAUUUCUGUUAGGUUUUUUAGUAACUAAAUGGAAAUAAGACCGCCAAGGCAAGCGAGGGUCCAAGAACAGAUUUUAUUGCAGGCACCCUCGGGCGAGGUUCCACGACUCACGGGGGAAAGAGAGUGAGUCGGGGAAGUCGCGCCAAGACAAGGUGGUAGGGGGUUUACAUAACGUUGUAAGGCAGAACGGUUUCCUAUUGGUUGGCUCAUAUGCAAAGGAAGGAUUGCAAUCCAACCAGUCAGAGUGACCCUCACUAUGCAAAGGAAGGAUUGCAGUUCGGCCAGUCAAAGGUGACUUCCUCCUCUGGGGUUUGAAGGGCAUUGGGUUCGGUUGGGGAAGUCCAAAGGAGAGGUCUAAGGGUCUGCGUCAAGCUGUCAGCAGGUCAUUGGUCCAUUGGCGUCCCAAGUGGAGGUAGUGACAGGAACUUCAGCCAUUUUGGGGUAUCCGCCAUCUUGAGGAGUUUCCCUUCCCGCCUGGCCCCAACAAUUUCUUCUUUCCUUCCCUUCUUUUCCUCCCUCCCUUCCCUUUUAGGUAAAAUUUGCAUAACAAAAAAUUAGCCGUUUUAGAGUACAACUUAGUGGUUUUGUUGUAUAUUUAGAGAGUUGUACAAUAAAAUAUUAUCUAAUUCUAGAACAUUUUCAUCACCUCCCAAAAGAAAUCUUUGCACCCAUUAAGCGGUCACUCCUCAUUCCUCCCUCCCUGCCGGCUCUAGGCAGCCACUGAUUCAUUGGGCGGUGCAUGUAGAUUUUACAGUAAUUUUUGUAAAUCACCAAAAAGUUACUUCGAAGUUGUCACUCGGUGUCUCUUGGGAGCCAUUGACAAAUUUCCACCCUCUAAUCCUGGAUUGUGCUCUUUUUUCAGCUUAACUCCCUUUUCAUUCUGUUGUUUUUGACUUGUAAAUUUUGUUUUCUUAUAAUGCUCCCUAGAAGUCUUCUGUUGUUUCUGUGGAUAGGCUGCCUUUUUUGUUACUGGUUCUUCUUCAGAGAAAGGACCACUUUUGUGUUUUCUAUUUUUGUCAUUAGGUUGGUACUGCAAUUGCAUUCCGUGAAUGAAUCACCUGAAUCAAGUGCACCUGGGAGGGCACCUGGUCCAUUGAUCCUGUGGGAUGGCAGCCAUCAACCCUUGGGCCUCCUGGGGUAUCCUUACGGACCAGUCCUGGGGAAUGGCGGCUGUUGACCCGUGGGCCUCCUGGGCUCUAUGUCCUCAGGACUCUGCCUGGCAUUUGGAAGAGAACCCCGAGGAGGAGAGGAGGGCCACUGGGCUCCCGACAGCCGAGGUCCAGGAACCAGUAACCUUCAAGGAUGUAGCUGUGGACUUCACCCAGGAGGAGUGGGGGCAGCUGGACCCUGUUCAGAGGACGCUGUACCGUGAUGUGAUGCUGGAGACCUAUGGGCAUCUACUCUCUGUGGGGAAUCAGAUUGCCAAGCCAGAAGUCAUCUCUCUAUUGGAGCAAGGAGAGGAGCCCUGGUCAGUGGAACAAGCAUAUCCUCAAAGCACUUGUUCAGAAUGGAUGAGAAAACUUGAAAGCAAAGCAUUGAUCCCAACCCAAAGCGUUUUUGAAGAAGAACAAUCCCAUAGGAUGAAGUUGGAAAGAUACAUAUGGGAUGAUCCUUGGUUCUCCAGGUUAGAAGUCUUGGGAUGUAAAGACCAAUUAGAAAUGUAUCACAUGAACCAGAGUACAGCUAUGAGGCAAAUGGUCUUCAUGCAAAAGCAAGUACUCUCUCAAAGUGGUUCUGAAUUCUGUGAAUUUGGAGCAGAGUGUAGCCAGAACUUAAAUUUUGUUCCAUCUCAGAGAGUUUCUCAAAUAGAACAUUUCUAUAAGCCUGAUACAAAUGCUGAAAGCUGGCGGUGUAAUUCAGCAAUAAUGUAUGCAGAUAAGAUUACCUGUGGAAGUCAUGAUUAUGACAAAGCCUUCCACCAAUCCAUACAACCUAUUCAGCCUGAAAGGAUCCAAACUGAAGAUAAUCUUCUCAAGUGUGCGGAUGCUGUUAAAUCUUUCAAUCAUUUACUACAUUUUGGUGAUCAUAAGGGAAUGCAUACAGGAGAAAAACUCUAUGAAUAUAAGGAAUGCCAUCAAAUCUUUAACCAGAGCCCUUCAUUUAAUGAACAUCCACGACUUCAUAUUGGAGAAAACCAGUAUGAUUACAAAGAAUAUGAGAAUAUCUUUUAUUUCUCAUCAUUUAUGGAACAUCAAAAAAUUGGUACUGUAGAGAAAGCAUAUAAAUACAAUGAAUGGGAGAAAGUCUUUGGGUAUGAUUCAUUCCUUACUCAACAUACAAGCACUUACACCUCAGAGAAACCCUAUGAAUAUAAUGAAUGUGGGACAUCUUUCAUCUGGAGCUCUUACCUUAUCCAGCAUAAGAAAACUCAUACUGGAGAGAAACCCUAUGAAUGUGAUAAAUGUGGAAAAGUGUUUAGGAAUCGUUCAGCCCUUACUAAACAUGAACGGACUCACACUGGAAUAAAGCCCUACGAAUGUAACAAAUGUGGAAAAGCCUUCAGCUGGAAUUCUCAUCUUAUUGUACAUAAAAGAAUUCAUACAGGAGAAAAACCUUAUGUAUGUAAUGAAUGUGGGAAAUCUUUCAACUGGAACUCCCAUCUUAUUGGACAUCAGAGAACUCAUACUGGAGAGAAACCUUUUGAAUGUACUGAAUGUGGGAAGUCUUUCAGCUGGAGCUCCCAUCUUAUUGCCCAUAUGAGAAUGCAUACUGGAGAGAAGCCCUUUAAAUGUGAUGAAUGUGAAAAAGCUUUCAGGGAUUACUCAGCCCUUAGUAAACAUGAAAGAACUCACUCUGGAGCAAAACCAUAUAAAUGUACGGAAUGUGGAAAAUCCUUCAGCUGGAGCUCCCAUCUUAUUGCCCAUCAGAGAACUCACACAGGUGAAAAACCCUACAACUGUCAGGAAUGUGGCAAAGCAUUCAGAGAACGCUCAGCCCUCACUAAACAUGAAAUAAUUCAUUCUGGAAUCAAGCCUUAUGAAUGUAAUAAAUGUGGAAAAUCCUGCAGCCAAAUGGCUCACCUUGUUAGACAUCAAAGGACUCAUACUGGAGAAAAGCCCUAUGAGUGUAAUAAAUGUGGAAAAUCCUUCAGCCAGAGCUGUCACCUUGUUGCUCAUCGGAGAAUUCACACUGGUGAGAAACCCUAUAAAUGUAAUCAAUGUGAAAGAUCCUUUAACUGUAGCUCUCACCUUAUUGCGCAUCGGAGAACUCAUACUGGAGAGAAACCAUAUAGAUGUAAUGAAUGUGGGAAGGCAUUUAAUGAGAGUUCUUCCCUAAUUGUACAUCUAAGAAACCAUACUGGAGAAAAACCAUACAAAUGCAAUCAUUGUGAGAAAGCUUUCUGUAAGAAUUCUUCUCUUAUUAUUCAUCAGAGAAUGCAUAGUGGAGAGAAACGCUUUAUAUGCAAUGACUGUGGAAAAGCCUUUAGUGGUCACUCAGCCCUACUUCAACAUCAGAGAAAUCAUAGUGAAGAGAAACUGUGAAUUGAAAAUUGAUAGAUUUUUCUUUUUUUUGUACAUUUAGUAAUACUUUGAAAAAGGAAAAAAAAUCCCUAUAAAUCAAGAGAGGAAAUUUUUUAGUAAGAAUUCAGGAAAACUCCUCUUUUACUCGAUAGAAAAUAUCUGCUUAGAAGAAACCUGUGAAUGGAAAGACUGGGAAAACUUUCAGCAGUUAUGUAGCCUUUAUUUAACAUCAGAUAAUUAGAGUGAAGAAAACUCCAAACUCUCAUAAUUCUCCACCAGGAGUCCUACUUAUGGAACACGAAUGUAGGGAAUGAGACUUCUUUUAGUAAGAGAUCUCAACUAUUUGUGGAUCAAAGUGCAUUGUUAAGGGGAAAACCUUGUUCUGGGAAAAGUUUUCAACUGAAAAUAUACUGUUUUAAAUCAAGCUGGAAUAAUGGAUGGGAAGAUUUAUAGUAACAUCUUUUGCAUAGUUGUGGAAAUACAGAUUUUGCUGUUUUAGAGGGAGGAUGUGGGUGCCCUUUAAGGAAUAGAAUAUGAAAUACUAUAAAUCUGAAUUUAAGAAAAAAAUAGUAUUAAAUGGGAUAUUUACUGUUGAUCAAGAUUAACCUUAGAAAAGAUUAGUAAAUGAGAUUACUAAUGGUGGAAAGAUAAUUACCUAGAAGUAUGAGACUGACAUUGGAACAAGAGGUGACAGUUUAUGACCCAGUGUGUCAGUGUCCAUGGUUUACUCAUGGUUGCAUUGUUGGAAAAUUCAUUUGUAAUUUGUGUUAGGCAAUCCCUAUAAGUUAUAAUGUGGACACUGCAUCAGUAUACAUAAUGUUAAGGAAUGAAAAGGACAAAAUUGUACAUAUAUAUCUAUAAUUAUAACCUCUAAUAAAUGUAUACAGAUUAAGACUGGGAGGACCCAUGGAGAAAUUAACCUGGUUAAUUUAAUUUUUUUAAAAGUUUUACAAACACAGCACUUAUUAUGUGCUAGGCUUUGUUUUAAAUGCUUUUCAAAUAUUAACUUCUUCAGUCUCCUUAAUUCUAUGAGAUAGGUUCCAUUAUUAUCCCAGUUUUACAAAUGGAGAAACUGGGGCAGAGAUGUUGAGAGACCUACCUAAGGACACACAGUUAUUAAGAAAUGGAACUGAGAUUGUUUGGCUCCAGAGUCAUGUUUUUAACUACUAUGUUAUGCUGCCUCUCAAGUGAUUUUUUUCCCCAUUUUUUCCCUUUUGUUCAGUUUUCUAUAGUAGAUAUUUAAUAAUAAAAGUCCAUAAAUUCCUAAACAAUGAGAAAUAAAAUUACCUGGCUCUCUAUCCUGAAUGCUUUCUGUAACAUGAGAGCUCCUCCCUUUGGAAUAUGAAAUCUGGAUUGGACAUUCAGAAUCACUGCAUUUUCUGGGACCUGGGUUCCCUAGGAUUUCACUACCCAUAACUCUGAGAAUUACAGCACAGCAAUGGCUGGAAGACUCAAUGGACAUUUGGGCAAUGCUGAGGAAUGCCCCUUGAUGGGUUUAGACUGGCCUUCAUAGGACAGAACAAGAGACACUACUGCACAUGGGAGCACUAUUUCUCAAGGUCUCCCUCAAAUUCAGUGUUUAUGCUUUAUCUUCUCUACAUGAGAAGAUUGUUUGAUAGUAGGGGGGCUUCAGAAGGGAAGGGAGCUCACCAAUUCAUCAGAGUGAAUGCUCUGAAUACUCCUAGUAAAGGCAAGAUACCUAAGAGGAUUUUAAGUGGCUUUUCUCCAGUUCACAAAUAUUUCCUGUAUUUCCCCUAAAGUAGGGCUAUAACUAAGAGUCAGCAAUCCUUGGAUAUGCUUCAAGGAUAUUGGUUAGAAAUCUAGGAUACAAAAGGUUCAUCUGGUUCUUGUAGGGUCCAUGAUUCCCCGUUGGUUGAGAAAGUGGCCUAGCGGUGUGGGGAGGCAGUGCUCACCAUCUGAUUCCUGUAGCUGGAACUCAUAUAAUUAUGUAAUGUCUGAUUCCCUACCUUUCAGGGUUCAAUACAUAGUGGUCACCCAAUAAAUGUUGCAGGAGUAAAUUAACUGAAUGGAAUUCUCAUGUGAUUUGUGCAAAGAUAAAGAGAUAAGGUAAAGAUUUGUGCAAAGAGCUUUAGAGAGAAUAAAAUUAGCAACAUCUCUGUUAAGAGAAAGCACUACGUAUGAAGUCAUACUGUAGCUAUAUGGGUAUAGUAUUCCAGUACCCAAUAUAAUACAUUUUGAGCAAAUCCAGUUUCUCUGAUUUAGGAACUCCAAAGGAUCUCAUAAUUCAUAUACAAUAUUAUAUAAACAUCCUGACAAGUUAUCUAUUACCCAGCUUAGUAUCUUUUAAAAAAUAAUUUCUAAAAGUGCCUCUUCUGGCCCAGCCUACAUCACAAAUCAAGAGAAAGUCCCAGACUUCUGCUUCCUCCUGAAAGGACCUCCUACAUCCCUACCACUUAAAACACAGCCUUACAUGCAGAGUGUGCCUUAGAUGUUCAGGACUCCCAGCCCCCUCACCUCCCUUAUUCUAACCCAUGUGUGGCUCAGUUCAUUGUCCCUCCCCCCUUUUUAAGAUUUUAUUUAUUCAUGAGAGACACCAAGAGAGACAGAGGCAGAGGGAGAAGCAGGCUCUACGUAGGAAGCCUGAUGUGGGACUCGAUUCCGGGACUCCAGGAUUACAGCCUGAGCUGAACGCAGACACUCAGCCACUGAGCCACCCAGGCAUCCCAGUUCAUUGCUCUUUUGACCACAUCUUCAACUUCUCCCGAACUCUGGAACCUUCUGCCCUUCUGCCGGGGCCAGUUGGAAUUCUUAAUUUGGCCAUGAGCUCUCCCCUUUCACCUUCCUGUUGUGGUUGAAGCUUGGGUCUCCGCUAUGCACAGUGUCUCUUACAAGAGUGCCAGGGGGUGGCUCCUUUCCCUCCCACUUUUCUCAUUUGCUGCUUCUAGAUUGUUCUUCCCUUUUCUCUAAAACUUACCUCUGACUCUUGGGACAUGAGACCGUCACUCUUGAUUCCUUCAUUGCAGUCAGCUAUUUGGGGUCUACAUAUCAGAUUUCAGCACCUGCUUUACUGCAUCUAGAACCACCUCCAUCAUAAUGCUUCCUGAGUCCAUCAUCCAUCUAAGUGAUCCCACAGUUCUUUGACCGCUGUGCUCAUGGUUUUGUAAACCACUCUUCACUCCCAUUGUCAUCCCUAGGACUAUACCAUUACUAGUGACUGGAACACCUCCACUAUCUCUUUUUUAAGCUGGUUGGCUAUUUAGUAUCAAGAUUCCAAUAGCCCCUUAACCUUCCCUCAUGCUCACUGCCAGCAGAUGACUUUGCUUCUUAUUUCCCCGAGAGAACAGAAGCAAUCAGAAUCCUGCCAUAACAUCAACCCACCUUCCACAGUGUCCAUGCAUUCCCACUGGUACCUAUAUACAAACUGAUUGGGUUGGCCCUAGAGCCUGUCUCCUCCAUACUGCUCAAGGGCAUUGUUUUUUUUUUUUUAAUUUUUUUAAAAUUUAUUUAUGAUAGUCACAGAGAGAGAGAGACAGAGACACAGGCAGAGGGAGAAGCAGGCUCCAUGCACCGGGAGCCCGACGUGGGAUUCGAUCCCGGGUCUCCAGUAUCGCGCCCUGGGCCAAAGGCAGGCGCCAAACUGCUGCGCCACCCAGGGAUCCCUCAAGGGCAUUGUUAUAGCAAGUUUCCCCUCUCUUGUGUCUUCAAGUUUUCCCUACAUACUGGAUUAUUCCAACAUGCAAACAUGCUUUUAAAAAACAAAACCCAUUGAUACCACAUCCCCUUCUAGCUCUUGCAUAAUUUCUCUGCCUCGUUGUAGAAAGCAAAAUUUCUCAAAAGUUGUCUGUUCUUGCUCUACUUCCUUUCCAAUCUUUCUUCAACCUUCUCCAAACCUACCUCAAUGCCAGAUGUCCUCCACAUUGCUAAACCUAGUGGUCAAUUGUUUUUUGCCUUCCUUGACAUAGCAUUAUAGAUAAUAGAUCAUUUCCUCCUUAAAACAUGUUUUUCAGGGAUGCCUGGGUAGUAUAGUGGUUGAGCAUCUGCCUUUGACUCAGGUCGUGAUCCCAGGGUCCUAGAAUCAAAUCCCACAUUGGUCUCCCUGCAGGGAACCUACCUUUCUCUGUGUGUCUCUCAUGAAUAAAUAAAAUCCAAAAAACAAAACAAAUAUUUUUCAGCUGGCUUUCAGGACUUCCCUCCUGAUUCUGGGACAUUCUUUAUUUCAGGCCACUUGGCUGUUUCCUCCCCACUUUCCUUACCUCUUAAUGUUAGGACAUUAAGGGUGCCCUGUUUCCUACCUGUUUACACCCUUGAUGGUCUUGUCCAGUCUUGAGCUUCAAAUACCACUGGUACGCUGAUGACUUUACUUUUACGGCUACAGUUUGAUGAGUGUUGAAGUAUUUUUACUUUUCCAAAAAGUUCCUUCAUGUCUCUACCGUUCAUUCCCACCCUACCCUACACUCCCAAGCCCUGAGCAACCACUUCUCUGCUCUAUCACUACAUAUUAGAAUUCUCUUUUAGGCUUUUUUGUAUAAAUGGAAUCACACAGUAUUCUAUUCAUAUACUUACCUUUGUGUCCAGAAUUUUUUGCUCAACAUAAUGGAGGUUUUUUUGAGGCUCAUCCAUGUUAUAGCAUGUAUUGGUAGCUUAAUCCUCUCUCUCUUCUCUCUCUUCUCUUUCUCUCUCCCCCUCUCUUUUUUUUUUUUUUUUUGAGUUGA